UGGACUCUGAUAGGUUUGGCUCUGCCCUUUCACCGCAGCUAGCGGUUAGCGGCCGUUCCGCUGAGGCUGGGUCAUGACGUUUGCGGGGAGGGAGGAGCACGCCGUUUCUCCGUGCGUGUCGGUGGGGAAGCAUUCACCCAUGCUCAAGCCGCUUGUGUUGACACGCUCAGUCACACUGAUUUGUCUUGACGAUGGAAGUGCCACAACAACGCCAGGAGGACGCAAGCGCGGCGGGAAGAGGCUGCAGGGAAAGGUUAGCUUUAUACGUCUAUGAAUAUUUGCUGCAUGUUGGUGCGCAGAAAUCUGCACAGACCUUCUUGUCAGAGAUCCGAUGGGAGAAGAACAUCACGCUUGGAGAACCUCCAGGAUUUUUACACUCGUGGUGGUGUGUAUUCUGGGAUCUGUACUGUGCCGCGCCAGACCGGAGGGAGACAUGCGAACAUUCCAGCGAGGCCAAGGCUUUCCAUGACUAUAGUGCGGCCGCUGCCCCCAGUCCAGUGAUGGGCAACAUGCCCCCCAAUGAUGGCAUGCCGGGCGGACCCAUGCCCCCUGGCUUCUUUCAAGGUCCUCCUGGAUCCCAGCCGUCCCCCCACACACAACCCCCGCCACACAACCCCAGCAAUCCAAUGAUGGGCCCCCAUGGACAGCCAUUCAUGUCUCCACGGUACCCAGGCGGCCCAAGACCCUCCCUUCGUAUGCCAAACCAGCCCCCAGGAAGCAUCCCUGGGUCGCAGCCCCUCCUUCCCAACAGCCUGGACCCUACCAGACCUCAAGGUCACAACAUGGGAGGCCCCAUGAGAAUGAACCCCCCCCGAGGCAUGGGUCCACAGAACUAUGGUGGAGGGAUGAGGCCUCCUCCCAACUCCAUGGGGCCGGGGAUGCCCGGCAUGAACAUGGGUCCCGGGGGGCGAGGUCCAUGGCCCAACCCCAACUCCAACUCGAUAGCAUAUUCCUCCUCACCUCCAGGAAACUACGUGGGCCCUCCAGGGGGAGGCGGCCCACCAGGAACUCCCAUCAUGCCCAGCCCUGGAGAUUCAACGAACUCCAGUGAAAACAUCUACACCAUGAUGAACCCCAUCGGUCAAGGUGGAAACAGACCAAACUUCCCAAUGGGACCAGGACCCGAUGGGCCCAUGGGGGGGAUGGGUGCUAUGGAGCAGCAUCAUAUGAACGGCUCAUUAGGUUCUGGAGAUAUGGAUGGAUUGCCAAAGAAUUCCCCAAACAACAUGGCAGGAAUGAACAACCCCCCCGGCACCCCCCGAGACGACAGCGAGAUGGCAGGAAACUUUUUAAACCCAUUCCAAAGUGAAAGUUAUUCGCCCAACAUGACGAUGAGCGUGUGAUUUUUUAAACCCUUUAUCUUAUUCCUGGAGGUUCAUCUCCUGCCCCACUGCGUCUUGCAUUACCCCUCCCCCCUCCCCGUCCUCCUCCGCCGCCUCGUGGACCCUGUUUGGUGUCCUCCACAGCUCCUUGGAGUUUCCUCGGGAAGCAGGACUCUCCUCAAAGCCCCUAUCAGCUGUGAAACGGUGGGAAGCAUGACUCCAGAAGGACUUUUUCCUCUUCCUCACAUGGGCUCCACGGAGCAGUCAAAGGAUCCAACCCUGCCUGGAUGAGAACCAGAACUGGCUGUUGUGGGUGGUGUUCAGGCACAUUCAGUCAUUCAGCACUGCCCCCAUGUGGACUAUUCAAAAACUGCGCUAGAAUUCUGAUGUUUUCUAUGAUGAUGAUGUUGUGGUUUCCAGUAGUCUCCUGUGUGAAGGACACCUUUGGACCUCAGCAGCAACAGUACUGUUGGGACACGCUGCCAAAUGCUCCGUUUUUCUGUUUACAUCGUCCCCGUCUGGAAGAUCCUCUCUAGAACUUCCUCUCAGCUUGUUUUUCCUUUUCCUUCCUAAAAAAAUUUGCCCACACGUCUCUGGAACCAGAUCAACCUGCCACUGCAGGAAACAGAUUUUGAUUCUGAGUUUCUGAUCCCACUGUCCUGCAUUCCAGAGUGACUCCUCAAGACGGACGUCAGCAAGCAGAUGGAGGACGUCCUUCAGCGGGCUUGUUCAUGUCUGCUGAUGCCACAUGUUUAGCGGGGAAUGUGCUGGUUUUAUUCUUAUUUUUACCAUAUCAGUCUGUGAAUUCUGAAUCGAGUUCUUUCGCCUUCAUGACUCCAAGCAGACAGUCGUUCCCUUUCCUUCGUCCUGCCUCUCCUGAGCUGAUGGACCUUCCUGGAGCUUCGUUUCGCUUUGUCACAUGUGAAUUUCCCGCGUGGAAGGUUAGAUCCCCCUCUCAGUGAUGCUCCUUCCAUCCACCGAUUCCACGUGAAAGGCUUUACGUCGGAAUGUCGAGGAUGUUUGUUCAUUUUGACUUUACAUUGACGGCGGUGAAAUCUGCAGACCAGGUGAAGACAAAGUCCUGGUUUUUCUCUUGGCCUUAUCUGUUGCUCCUUCUGGUGAAUGAAGCAAACCGUCAGCAGACAGCAGCUGUAGCCUCUUUGUGUGCUUGAUCCACACGCGAGCUUCCUGAUAUCAAUGUGAACCUACCGUCGACAGGGACACCUGCAGGAUUUACUGAUGGGGAAUCCCUCCGGCAACCCCCUUUCUGACCUCCAGUUCCUCCUGAAGCCCCGCCCCUUUUUCUCCUGGUGUAAAUACUGUAAAAUGCAUUUUGAUAUCAUUGACAUGUUUUCAUGUCCGUCACAACCGGUGAGUCCAGCGGGAAGUAGAGUAUAAAUGUUUUCCAUGAAGAAACAUUUGGGUCAUGAGGCUAAAUUGGCUGAAUGUACAGCAGACGGAUGAAGACUUGUGUGGAGAGGGGGGUGGGACGGGGGCGGGCCGGCUGUGGCGUCCUCACUGUGCGCCUAGUGUGACGGCUGUUUUUAAAAUAAUUUUUAAGAAAAGUCUAGAUUUCUUUCCCUGAAGGGCAUCUCCUCACAAACGUGGGUCACCUCAUAUUACAGUUUUUAAUAUGAAGGAUUUUUAUCAUGGAAAAAAAACUUUUAGAAGAAAAAAGAUAUUUUAAAAAUCUUUUACAAAUGUUAUUUUAAAUGAAGAUCUGGAUGUAAGAGUUCUGGGGAAGCUCGCCGGUUGGUCCUGUCGCCGUAAGUUGAUCUUUGGCCAUCUCUGUACUUCUAUCGUGGUGUAAAAUAAUGUACCAUUAGGAGGAGCUGUCCAUGGUCCUCUCUGAUAUGAAGCAGUCUAUUUCCUGGGUUUGCUUUGUAUGUCAUGGUAGGAUAGUCCAGAAUCUUGUCUUAGGGUUUUAGGUGUCUUGUGUAUCAAAGAUGUUCUUUGUAUGUUUCUUUAUAUUGUAAAGUUUCUUUAAGCGGAAAGAAAAAAACGAUUUGCUUAUCAAACAGGAACAAUGCAUCAAUAAUAAAUAUCAUCUGAUUUUUC